ACUGAACAGAGGAGAAGGAUGGAGUUAAUAAAAGUCCUGCUGCUGCUGUCGGGACUCUGCUCUCUCUCCACAGCACAGACUCAGGACCCCCUCAUCCCAACCAUCAACGUUCUGAAGGAGAUUUUAGCCCUGAAAUCUGAGAUCCUCCAGCUAAAAGAUGAGGUCAAAACCCUGCGGGAAGGUCACCCUAAAAUAGCAUUUACCGCAGCUCUCGACACAGCAGGAAUAAACGCACACAUCGGACCCUUCUCCACAGACACAACGCUGGUCUUCAAACAUGUGGAAACAAACAUUGGUGAAGGUUUCAACCCAGAAACUGGAGUGUUCACAGCCCCGGUGAAUGGAGUUUACUUCUUUGCCUUUAACUGUUUCGCUGGAGCGAGAAAAGCGAUGAGUUCAGCUCUGUAUAAAAACGAGCAGCACAUCGUUUCCGUCUGGGACCAGCCGACGACAGGAGACAACGAGGACAACAACUUUAACGCUGCCACUCUGCUGCUGGAACCGGGAGACCGGGUCUACAUCAGACUCUGGAAAAACUCCCACAUUUCCAAACUGGAUAAACACAGCACCUUCAGCGGCUUCCUGAUCUACCCUUUAAAAUCAGAGACUUCUACACCAACCCUGCAGCAUCCUCCACCCGCUAACUAACCCUGAACACUGGAGCACAACAAAUAUAUAUACUUAAUUGCAGAGGUGGAAAGUAAUGAAUUAAAUUUACUCAAGUUACUGUAAUUGAGUAGAUUUUAUGAGUAAUUUGUAAUUUUUCAAGUAGUUUUUAAAAUAGGUAAUUUUACUUUUACUCAAGUACAUUUUGACACAAGUAAUUUACUUCGCUACAUUGGAAAACUCCCAAUUACUGAGUAAAAAAUAAAAUGCUGGGGGAAAAAAAACACAACUGUCUGAAUUAAAAAAAUAAAUAAAUGUUGCGGAUGCACCGGCGCAAACUAAUUACAAAUUGUAUCAAUUUGUAAUUAAUUAAAACAUUACUUAACAAUUUAAUAAUGUUUUAUUACUAUCAUAAGUGCUGUUAUUUGUGACCCUUAUUGUAUUAAGUAUUACCAAUAUAUCGAGUAUCGCAGAAUCACAGUAUCGUGAUGUCAUUGUUACCGUGGGCAACGUAUUGUGAUAAUAUCGUAUCAUGUGAUCCAUUGAUGCCUUGAUUCCCAAUACUGAUGAAGAGCGUUCCAAACACAAAGUUCACUACACUGUAAACCCAUACGUUGUUUGAACU